CUGCCGGGCUGCGGGCGCCGGAGCGGCUCUUCAGCGUUUGCGCCGGCGGCCGCCGCGUCUGGCUCGGCUCCCCCUUUCCUCUGACCCCCGGCCCGGCGGCGCCCGCCUUCGCCGCGGCCACUCCGCCUCUUCCCUCCUGCCGUUCCCUUCCUCCUCUCCCUUCUUCCUUCCUCCUUCCCCUCCUCGCCGCCCCCGUCGCCGCCGCCGCCGCCCAGGACCGCCGGCCGGGGGACGAGCUCGGGGCAGCAGCCAGGAGUUUCCUAACCACAUAACCUCUCAGAACUGAACCAAAACAACAUUAUUCCUGGAGCACCUCUUUUUAAGGUAGAACUUUAGACUUCAUAGCACUGAAUUAACCUGCACUGAAAGCUGUUUACCUGCAGUUGUUCACUUUUGUUGAAAGUGACCAUGUCUCAAGUUCAAGUGCAAGUUCAGAACCCAUCUGCUGCUCUCUCAGGGAGCCAAAUACUGAACAAGAACCAGUCUCUUCUCUCACAGCCUUUGAUGAGUAUUCCUUCUACUGCUAGCUCUCUGCCCUCUGAAAAUGCAGGUAGACCUAUUCAAAACUCUGCUUUACCCUCUGCAUCUGUCACACCCACCAGUGCAGCUGCAGUUCCUUCUAGCAUGGCACACCCCAAAGAGAAAACCCCAAUGUGUCUUGUGAAUGAGUUAGCCCGUUUCAACAAGAUUCAGCCUGAGUAUAAGCUUUUGCGUGAGCAAGGUCCAGCUCACUGUAAGGUGUUUACAGUACAGCUAACACUUGGAGAUCAGCACUGGGAAGCUGAAGGAACUAGUGUUAAAAAAGCCCAGCACACAGCUGCUGCCAAAGCUUUGGAAGGAACAAAAUUUCCUAAACCCAUAGUCCGCCCUUUUCGUAGCGAAGGAAGGAAUCCAGAAAGCAUAACCCCUACUGUAGAGCUAAAUGCACUGUGCAUGAAACUUGGAAAAAAACCAAUGUAUAAGCCUGUUGACCCUUACUCUCGGAUGCAGUCCACCUAUAACUACAACAUGAGAGGAGGUGCUUAUCCCCCAAGGUACUUUUACCCAUUUCCAGUACCGCCUUUACUUUAUCAAGUUGAGCUUUCUGUGGGAGGACAGCAGUUCAGUGGGAAAGGAAAGACAAGACAGGCUGCAAAACACGAUGCUGCUGCGAAAGCCUUGCGGACCCUGCAAAGCGAGCCCCCACCGGAGAGGCUGGAGGUGAGGCGGGCGGGCGAGCAGGUGAAUGGAAGAGAAUCAGAAGAAGAAAAUCUCAAUAAAUCUGAAAUAAGUCAAGUGUUUGAGAUUGCACUUAAACGGAACUUGCCUGUGAAUUUUGAGGUUGCCCGGGAGAGUGGCCCCCCCCACAUGAAGAGCUUCGUGACCAAGGUGUCAGUUGGGGAGUUUGUGGGAGAAGGUGAAGGGAAGAGCAAGAAGAUUUCGAAGAAAAAUGCUGCCAUAGCUGUUCUUGAGGAGCUGAAGAAGUUGCCACCCCUGCCCACAGUCGAGCGAGUGAAGCCCAGAAUCAAAAAGAAAACAAAAUCCAUAGUCAGGCUACAGAGCAGCACAGACUAUGGCCAGGGGAUGAACCCGAUCAGCAGGCUGGCCCAGAUCCAGCAGGCGAAAAAGGAGAAGGAGCCGGAGUACAUGCUCCUGACAGAGCGAGGCCUCCCACGCCGCAGAGAGUUUGUGAUGCAGGUGAAGGUGGGAAACCAUACCGCGGAAGGAACAGGCACCAAUAAGAAGGUGGCCAAACGCAACGCAGCCGAGAACAUGCUGGAGAUCCUUGGUUUCAAAGUCCCACAGGCUCAGCCCACCAAACCAGCCCUCAAAUCAGAGGAGAAGACACCAGUAAAAAAACCAGGGGAUGGAAGAAAAGUAACCUUUUUUGAACCUGGCUCUGGGGAUGAAAAUGGGACUAGCAAUAAAGAGGAUGAGUUUAGGAUGCCUUAUCUUAGCCAUCAGCAGCUGCCUGCUGGGAUUCUUCCCAUGGUGCCCGAGGUUGCCCAGGCCGUAGGAGUCAGUCAAGGACACCACACCAAAGAUUUCACCAGGGCAGCUCCGAAUCCUGCCAAGGCCACGGUAACUGCCAUGAUAGCCCGUGAAUUGUUAUAUGGGGGCACCUCGCCCACAGCCGAGACCAUUUUAAAGAAUAACAUCUCUUCAGGCCACGUACCCCACGGACCUCUCACAAGACCCUCUGAGCAGUUGGACUAUCUUUCCAGAGUCCAGGGAUUCCAGGUGGAAUACAAAGACUUCCCCAAAAACAACAAGAACGAAUUUGUAUCUCUUAUCAAUUGCUCCUCUCAGCCACCUCUGAUCAGCCACGGGAUUGGAAAGGAUGUGGAAUCCUGCCAUGACAUGGCCGCACUGAACAUUUUAAAGUUGCUGUCUGAGUUGGACCAACAAAGUACAGAGAUGCCAAGAACAGGAAAUGGCCCAGUGUCUGUGUGUGGAAGGUGCUGAACCUUUUCUGGCCACGAACCGUUGUAAAACCCCAACAUAUAUACUGAAAAUACUGAAACUGCUUUGAGAAUUUGGAAUUUCUGAUACCUCCAGUGGGCUGAGACACGUGCUGGGUAAAGAAGCAGAGGCGGCAGUGGUGACGAAGGCGGGGACGCAAGGAGGCAGUGUGGCUGCGGGUGCGCGGUGUUUUGUGCCACACGCAGGCAGCUGCUUGCUGAGGGGUGCUGCGAGGCCUGCCAAGCGGCCCUGGCUUGACCGGGAAACCAGCAGGCCCCGGCCCCUGGCACCUCGGUGCUCGGCUGUCGUCACCCUUUGGGCCGUGUUAAGGACACAGGAGAGCGCGCGCGCAACCUUUCUCAGACUGGCUCACGCAGACGCUUGGGACAAACCCUGGACACCCACGCCGGGGACAGGGGCCUUAGACCAGCCCCAGAGCCGAAAGCACCAGAGAAAAUCAAAUGCUUCCUACUCAGCGCCAACCAUUCUAGUGUGCUACGGCCCCACCUCCGUGGUGCCCACACCGUCCCCACUGCUUUCUCUUCCAACAGAUACGUACUCUUAAGUUUUCUUAUUUUCUUUUGAUUGAAAUGACACUAUAUAAAUUUUCAUUUGAGAGUUUCUCAAUUGUAUCUUUACAUAGCACAGUUUAGAAACUUGUCCGAGACUGACCCUACUGGAAAUCUAAUCAGCAGAGAUCAUAUCCGUGUGUAUGUGGUUCCACAUUCUUACUUUGUCAGACUGAGCCAGGACCGUUGCAGCGAUGCGGACGGUGUGCCCUCUGGUUCAGCUGCAACGGUCCUGGACUUGUCAGCAUCCUGGAUGAAGUCUCCCAUGGUUGUAUAAAUUGGACAGUUUAGGAGUUUUAAACUUUAAUGAUCAUUUGGUUCCUUUUCUAUUUUAUUUUUGUUAAUGCAACAGGACUUAAAUGAAUUUUGGUCUUUGUUUUAAAGAUUAAAAAAAAUUGUGUGUCUAUACAUAUGGCUCUUGAGGACACGUGGCUUUCACACUACAGGAUAUGGUCUCCGUGUAGUACGUCUAAACCCGCAGAUGGAUUUUCCUGGAGUGCUUUGUACCGCUGUUACAUCUCCAUGUAGGGCGGCAGAGAGUGGCCUGUGUUGAGCUCCGAAACUGUUGCUUUUGAUGUUGUGUUACUGCGCACAGAAGCGUGUGCGGUAAGGUCCUGCAUAUGGUCCAGAUGAAAAGCACCGUAGUCUUGCGAGUUAAGUACUGCUUUUGUUCGAUUCAUUGUUUACGCUGGAAUUUUAUCUCCCCAUGGAAUGUAAGUAAAACAUAGUGUUUGUCACCAAUAAAUGGUAAUACUAAAUUUUUUUUGUUAAUUUAUUCUCAGAUGCCACUACUGCUAGGUAGGUCCCCUCCCAACCUACCUCCUACCCUUUUUUUUUUUUAAGGAAAAAACAAAACAAAACUUUGUAAUGCUUGUGAUUCUGUUUGGGCAAAAUUCUGAAGAUCUGAAAUGACUUUAUAUCAAACCAUUGAUCAAUAAACAGCUACUAAUGAAUUUUUGGUCCUUUCGAGCAGUAUCUAAAGAAGUGAGGGAAGAUGUGAGGGUGUGGAAGCGAGGCGUGUGGGCAGCCAGGUGAGGGGACGGGCCUCUCCUCUCCGACCUGACACUGUCACCCGAAGAAACGAGCCAGAAGAGGAGACUUCUCGACACUGUGAGUCUCACUUCCUGCCGGUGCACUCACACUCGGAGGACGGUGAGGCACUCGCUGCGUUCAAGCCUGGCUGAGGAGCGGGCCGGCAGCUUUCUGUUUAAUUUUAGAAGAUGCUCAUGGAGGUGGUUCGCUGUAAAAACCAGCCCGUGGGUGGGACCGCCAGGAUGAGAGUGGUCAGAAGGUUAUGGAAGAGUGCUCAGACACAGAAGGGGAUUUGACGUCGCAGGGAGAAAGCAGGGAGAGUUUCUCAAUUGUAUCUAGUUACAUAGCACAGUUUAGAAAUUUGUCCGAGGCUGACCCUGUUGGAAAUCUAAUCAGCAGAGAUCAUAUCCGUGUGUAUGUGGUUCCACGUUCUUACUUUGUCAGACUGAGCCAGGACCGUUGCAGCGAUGCGGACGGUGUGCCCUGUGGUUCAGCUGCAACGGUCCUUUCCCUGGUCCCCUGGUCCUGCAAUUUUCCUUUCCUUAGUCCUGGAGUCAGCCAUUUCUCCAAGGAGCUCUGGUCCCUUUUAGUGAUGACCACAUCUGAAAAAAUAAGGUCGGGGGCGGGGGGGCGCUUGGCUGGCUCAGUCAGUAGAGCACGAAACUCUUCAUCUAGGGGUUGUGAAUUUGAGCCCCCCACCCCACUGGGUGUAGAGAUUAAAAAACAUGGAAAGAAGCCACCGAGGUCUGGGUGUGCUUGGAGCGCUCACUGCUACUAGGAUGUUUCCUAGGCCUUCCGAGCAGACCUCUAGGGAACAGACCCAUGUAUGUGCGUGCAUGUGUGUGUGUCUAGUGUAAACACGCUCAUCUUUUCUUAUUUUUUAAAUGUUGGCUUUUGAGAGAGAGCGCGCGCGCAUGAGUGUGAGCGGGGGAGGGGCAGAGAGUGAGGGAGACAGAAUCCGAAGCAGGCUCCAGGCUCCGAGCUGUCAGCAGAGUCCGACAUGGGGCUCGAACUCACGAACUGCGAGAUCAUGACCUGAGCCGAAGUCGGAUGCUUAACCCGACUGAGCCAUGCAGGUGCCCCCCCACACUCCUAUUUUUGUCUGUGAUGCAUUUAGAAGUCUUGAUUUAUACUGAUAGCACCCGGGGGUUCUUCAUAGCUCUCUUCUGUCUUUAGUACCUUCUCCAAUAUUGAAAUUGUAGCCGGUCUCCCGGCCUUGCCAGCCUCUUCUGCCCAGUGUUCCUGUGUGUCUGUUGGGGGUGUGUGGCCUCUGCCCAGCACCCCUCUCCCCCCUGCCUGACAGUAUGCCCACUGGCGACCUCCAGCUGCAAAACGAAGAUGGGAGGAGCAGGAUGGUACAACCUUCAAAGAAAUUCACAACUUCCAGUUGGCUGUGUGAGUGGCCCUCACUCCCAAAACUCCAGGAAGGGCAAGUUUCCCCUUUAUAUCGGGGAUGUUGUAAGGAUUUCCAGGUUUCUUUGACAGGAGGUUUUUCAAAGGUGAUACAUCUCUGACUGUUUUAGAAGGAGGUCCUUGAAUGUUCUUCAAUAGUGAGCUCUCUGGGAAGGCCCUGUAGCUGUCCUCUGCUACAGAGGACCCCCUGCAGCACCUCUACCCGUGUCAGCAGGCUCUGAGAGAGCCACCUGGGAAUGGAGUAUGUGCUGUGUUUCACGCCGAUAUGAUCUCUAAGAGUUACAAGGUUAGAGCCAAACGAGGUGCUUCUGCCCUUGGGACAAUACAUGCACUCUGUUUCCAGACUGCAGGCACGAAAGGGGAUUGGAAUGCUCCUGAGAGGUCUGAAAUCCUCAAAGGUGCUGUGGGUCAGUCACGAGAAGACUGAGGGUCUUAGGAUUUGUGGGGCAUUGGUCCUCAGAGGGGAGUGGCUUUUGUGGUCCUUGGGACAGACACACUUGGGUCUUGGUCACCCACAGUGGGUACACAGAUGUCCUGUCAGGACUUUGGAAAGUUCCUCUUAUUACAGGGAGAUUUUAAUGAGUAAAGAGGAUUUCCGCAGAGCUGGUGGUUUUGUUACUGGUUUUCAAAGGCCUUCUUGAGCCACAGGAAUGGGACCUAUGGCUCUUAGAAAAACAUGUCACUUGAGUCUAGAUUUCCUUCCCCUGCUCCCCAAGCUCACGUGUGAAGCUUUGCAGGGCGAACACCCAGUGACAGCUUCCUUGGCCCAGAUCCCAAGGUUAUUAGAGAUGGGACCUGUGACUGAUGCGGCCCAUGGGAAGGGAAUCCGCAUUCCCUAGAAGCAGCAGGCUGCUUGCCUUACAGGAGCUAUGAGCUCAGUAGAACAGGACCAGGAAAUAAACCUGAGGACAGAGAUGUAGAGCUUUGUUUGCUUGCGUGGGAUUUAACGUUAGAAACUUCCACCACUGCUUAUCUCUGCUUUUCGUGCUUAAAUGUCUGUGUGCCCUUAAAAACAGACCAAUAUUUGAAAUCUCCAAAUCCGUAAAUAAUGGAUUUGUCAAGCACUUAAGCACUGCUGGAUUGGCAGGGAGGGGUUAGCCAGUUUUCUUCAGUCUGUCUUUUAAAAAAUGUGGAUUCUUAGAAGAGGCAAUGGCCAUUUUCUUGGAACCUCAAAGUGUUUAUUGAAGUAAUCGCUACACCCAGUGUGGGGCUUGAACUCACGACCCCAAGAUCAAGAGUCCCAUAUCUUCCAACUGAGCCACCCAGGCGCCUCUCAAGUUUGAUUUUUGAAAAAUAUUUCUGGGGCGCCUGGGUGGCUCAAUCAGUUAAGCAUCUGACUCUUGAUUUCAGAUCAUGAUUUCAUGGUUCGUGAGAUGGAUGGAGCCCCAACAAUCCUGUCGGGCUCUCUGCCCUGACAGCGCAGAGCCUGCUUGGGAUUCUUUCUCUCUCGGUCCCUCCCCAACUUGCACUCUCAAAAUAAAUACUUAAAAAAUAUAUAAAAAUAUUGCCUUUGGGGACACCUGGCAGGCUCCGUGUGUGACUCUUGAUCUCCAGGCCAUGAGCUCGAGCCCCAUGUUGGGUAUAAAGAUUACUGCCUAAAAAUACAGUCUUUUGAGGUGCCUGGGUGGCUCAGUCAGUUAAGUGUCCAACUUUGGAUCAGGUCAGGAUUUUGCGACCCGAGUUUGAGUCCCACGUCGGGCUCUGUGCUGACAGCUCAGAGCCUGGAGCCUGCUCCACAUUCUGUGUUUCUCCUCUCUCUCUAUUCCUUUGUAGAUUGUUCCACAAAUAUUCAUCAAAACCUAUUUCGACAGACCUACCCACUAGGCUUGCAAGGACAACUGAAAAAUUUGGAAGCUAUCUCCAAAUCCUUCAUGUUACCAUUUUUUCCAUCCCUUUUUGCAUGUGGUUCUUUUCACGAUCAGACAUGCAGAGCACACAAAAUGGUGCUGUUACAAAGCUGAGCAGGGCCAGAGCAGGCAGGCUCCGAUAGGCCAUCCACCCGCCCCACGGGAACUUGCGGGCUCUGGGUCAGCCUCAGCUCAUCACGGUCACCCCAGCUUCCUUUGGCCGCAGAAGCAGCGGUCUCCCUGACCUUUGACAUUACUGAGUGGGGAUAGAUGGAGGCGCACUCGGUCCCACUCUGGAGUGACCCAAAUCCUUACUGUCAUUAUUCAGACUCUGCCUUUUACUCGUUGAUUUUUGUAAAAGAUUUUUUAAAGUUUAUGUAUUCUGAGAGACAGAAUGAGCAGGGGAGGGGCAGAGAAAGAAUCCCCAGCAGGCUCUGCACUGUCAGCACAGAGCUUGGCGUGGGGUUUGAACCCACGAACUGUGAGAUCAUGACAUGAGCCUGAACCAAGAGGCAGAUGCUUUACUGACUGAGCCACCCAGGCACCUCUGUAUCUUGCUUUUUAAAUUGUGUAUUUUCUCUGGUUGCCAGAAAGGCCUCCCCAAGAACUGGCAGGAGUUUCUCUAGGAUUCGGAAGCCCCUUGGGCUUUUGUCGUUCAGUCCAAAUACCCGCUGGGGGUCUGUGGCCGGUGUGUGUCCUGUGUAUUGCGUGCCCGUGUUCAUCGGGCAGAUGGUUAGAUGGGGGAGACCUGUGCAGACGGUGUGGAAGGGCAGGCCUGGAAGCUCUCCUCUGGGCCGAUGUUACGCUCCCGUCUGGUUGGCUCUUUCAUGGACAAAAGCGAUGCAAACGUGGAAGGGGGAGUCAGACUCCUCCACCUAAGGAACCAGAAAUGUGCAGGCCUUCCCUAGCCUGGGGGAGGGGGACAAGUUGGUUUCUGGCCGUGAGGGAAGGCGGCUGUGCUCAUCACUGUACCACCAGUGCCGGCAUUUUGGGCCACGUUGAACGGCUAAGUUUGGGGAGUCUGGGCCUGGAGGAUUUGUUGGCAAGUCUGUUCUCUGAAAGCCCUAAGGUCUGAGUGGCCCCAGACAUGGCCCAACCUUUGUCACUGCUCUCCUUGGCCGUGUAACAUUUUCCAGAGGGCCUGCGUGAGGGAGCAGCGCGGUAGAGGGUAGACUCCCAUGUGGACGAGGCUUCUGUGCUGUGAAGAGAUCACCUCCUGAAGGACCAAGGUGCUAUAACGUAGGUGGACGAAUACCUAACGUUUGGCAGAGGAGCUGGUUGGAGGCUUUCUUGGAGGGGGAGGCAGUGUGCUGACCUAGACGGCAGUGUGAGCUGCUACCAAGCACAGGUACUGGCCAGCGGGUCAAUCCCAACUCAUCCCCUCUUUGCUGAGACCUCAAAUUUAUUUCACCUCUCUGUGCCUCAGUUUCUCUCUCUAAAUUAGAAAACGGCUUCUCUUGUGCACUUAAGACAAUACACGUAAGUAGCUUCUCAGAGCGCCUGGUGCCGGAAGUACUUUGUAAAUACCCUUCUGUUGUUCUUAUGGCCCAGAGGAAGCCGUUGCUCCUGGUGUGUCUUCAUGGUCCCACCACUCAGGGCAGUGGGUGGAGAGGAAUUUGCCCACUUCCUUGCUGGAAAUGCGGAGUCUUACUCUUGUUCAUUCUGUCCUGUCCAGCUCUCACGGUCGUCCCGCUGGGAUGCAGGCCCUCGUCCACUGCAAGUCUCUCAAGAAAAACUACAGUGACACACUCCACAGGAGCGAGAAUUUAUGUCUGUCUCCUCUGUAACUGUAGGGAGUGGGUGACUUGUUGGAAGAGGUCCGCUAACGGGGCCUACUUACCUCUGCCUGCCUUUGCUCCAAACUAAAGGUGUUCGUUAAUUGCACAUCUUUAAAUACGAUCCCUUCUUACUUUUCAGGCCCUGGAGCUCCAGACAGCAUGCACAGCUUUUACCAUGUCUGUGUGUCUUCUUGAUGGAUUCACUUGUACUUGGCUUUAUCCUGAAUCAGUGUUCACCAACUUAGUUUCUGGUGCAGGAGGUCUAGGACUCAACAUUUAUUUCUAAUAAGGUCCUAGGUGAUGCUGUGGUACUGUGAGAAGCACCGUCCUAAGCAAUAAUAUUCCUAGUGAUUUGCUCCUAAUAUAGCACGUAUAACCGUAAGUCACAGAUGUUCCUUUUGACUGCACCACGACCCCUUCUACUCACGUGGAGAAAUGAUGCCUUUGAGUUAAAGGGAGGACACCUUUGGCCACACGAUUUCAGACGUAUCUCCCCUGGCUCUGGAGACUGCUGUUGAAGUUCAGAGCCAGUCUGUCCUUGGGACUAAAGGGAGUUUCCUUCAGGACACUGGCAAGGACUGGAUCGGUGGCUCGUGGUAGGAGGGUCAGAGCCAAUCGUCAGGUGGUCACAUGGUGUGGGGUUUGGAAUGCGUCACCUGUGGCAGUUGGCUCAAGUUUGUUGUCCCUGCCCUGCUUCUCCCUGUGAGGGUUUUGUAGCUUCCCUGACGGACCAAGAUGCUCAGCAGGCCCAUGACUGCGGCUCCUUCCCUCUUUCUGCCCAACAGAAGAGCCUGUCCAGCUUUCGUAGGACACUUAAGCCUGCUCUGUGAGUGGGAGGCCCCGACAGGUGCCAGGCUCUACUUCCUGUUGUCCUGUAGACUUUCUUGGGAGACAGAUCGGGACAUCUGCUUAGCUGAGGUUUGCUACAGGAACCCAGGCACCUGGGAGCAGUAAUCAUUUUCUCCUCUAGACUCAAGGGGGCUACUCUAAUUCCCUGCAAGGAGAUGGGACCCUGUUCCGAUGCAGUAAGCUGCCUUUCUCCUAACGUUUCCCACCAGGCUUUGUGACACAUCUGAGAAACUUUUCCCUGACCUGCCUUUUGUGGCUUACUCUUCACCUGGACAGUGCUUUCACGAUGCCACGUUUUCUGUUUAUAUCCUCUUAAUAGAGAAGGGAGGAAACCCAGAAAUAGGUAAAUGACUUCAUAUAGCUCCUGACUGCCUUCUCCACAUAUCACGCAGCAACCCCAGUCCAGAAGGGUAGGUUAUGGAUAAGGGGAGUUGCCCACCCAUGGGCAGGUGUUCCUGUGUAUCUGUAGCCAGACCUUCUUAGCUCUUUUAGAGAAUCCACUAGAAACUACCUGGAGUUAUUUCCAACUGAUCCAUGAAGCUCCUUUGCCCUACAAAAGAGCAGUCCUAAGAAUACCCCAGGGUGGACCCAAGGGUAAGUCCUGCCUUGUGGUCAUACAUCAGGGCUACCAUGUCUCUCCCAACGGGAACAAAAGGGCACAUCCAAUAACCAAAAACAAUCCUAGUAUUUAUACUUUUAAGGGGUAUCUGGGUGGCUCAGUCGGUUAAGCGUCCAACUUCAGCUCAGGUCAUGAUUUCAGGGCUUGUGAGGUCGGGCUCUGUCUACACUGACAGCUUGGAGCCUGCUUCGCAUUCUGUCUCUCCCUCUCUGCCUGCCUGCCUGCCCCUCCCCUGCUCAUGUUCUCUCAAAAAUAAACAAAAAAACAUAUAUACUUAAGAAGUUAUCAGCAGAGUACCUCAUUAACCGAUUCCCUAUUUCUGACUUCUGCCAAGCCCUAUGCUGCCUGGGUGUAACUCCCGGUCCCAUUCCCAUCCAGCUGUGUGACCUGGUACCUUCCUCCACCUCUCAGGAAUAAGGAUCACAGACCUCUCAGAUUUUCAACCAAAGACUCACAUCCAGUUCUCAAAAGUUUCCAUGGAACACUGGUAGUGGGAGGCUUGACGGGAAGCCGUAGUGAUCUGGAGAGCCGCGACAGCCCGUGAGCUGCAAAAAGAGCACCUUGGGGGAAGAGUUAAAGAGAUGCCAUGUGACACACAGAAGGAGAAAAAAGCCAGGAUCCAAAUAUAAUACAAGCUAACAUGGGACUUGGCUUUCAGCAAGUGACGGGAGUAUGACAGAAAAAAAGCAGUCCAUUUGACCUUGAUUCUAAGAAUGUUCUCUUUUAAAGAAUGCAGAAGUCAAGACCCUGGGCCCAGGGAAGAGGAAAUGCAGCCUUGACACGCUGCCAGGCCUGGGACUCAGCUCUCUCUCUGCCAACAAGUACUGUUCAUCACUUUCUCCCUUUCAAAAGAGACCUACAGAUACUGCACAGAAUGAAGCGCCCCUCCUGUGACAGCAUGAAAGUGAAGGGACAGCAGACACACGAGACACACCUUUCGUCGAUGCUGAGGUGUCAAGAGACACUAGCCAAAGUUUUGAAGAUAAAAAGAAUCAAAGAA